AUAGAUUCAGUCCUCCUGCCCCAUAGAUGAGGUCUUCCUGCCCCAUAGACUCAGUCCUCCUGCCCCAUAGAUGGGCUCUUCCUGAACCAUAGACUCAGUCCUCCUGGCAUAUAGAAGGGCUCCUCCUGCCCCAUUGACUCAGUCCUCCUGCCCCAUAGAAGGGCUCCUCCUGAACCAUAGAUUCAGUCCUCCUGGAACAUAGAUUGGCUCCUCCUGGAACAUAGGUGGGCUCCUCCCAUCUAUGAACCCCCUCCCCCCCCAUUAAUUAAUGAAUUGCAGAUUAAGAGCGGGGAGAACGCGGCCAACAUCGCCAUCGAGCUGGCCAGGCACACGCGAGGCCCGGUUUACGCGGGCGACGUCAGCUCUGCCGUGCGGCUGCUGGAGCAGCUGCUGGACAUCCUGGAUGCUCAGCUGCAGGCGCUGCGCCCCCUGGAGAGGGAGUCUGCUGGGAAGAACUACAAUAAGAUGCACAAGCGGGAGCGCACCUGUAAGGAUUACAUCAAGGCGGUGGUGGAGGCCGUGGACAACCUGCUGAGGCCGGACGCCUUGGAGUCGUGGAGGGACAUGAACGUCUCGGAGCAGGCGCACACGGCCACCAUGCUGCUGGACGUGCUGGAGGAAGGAGCUUUCCUAUUGGCUGAUAACGUCAAAGAGCCCGCCCGCUUCCUCGCCGCCCGCCAGAACCUGGGUGAGACCCCCGGGGGGGGGCUGGGGGGCGGGGGGGGGCUUCUGACCCAUAGAUUGGGUCCUCCUGCCCCACACAUGGGCUCCUCCUGCCCCAUGCUCCACAUCUGGGGUCCAUCUGGGCUCCUUCUGCCCCACAUCUGGGCCCCUCCUGCCCCAUAGAUUGGGUCCUCCUGCCCCACACGUGAGAUUCUCCUGCCCCACACCUGGGCUCCUCCUGCCCCAUAGAUGGAGUCUUCCUACCCCAUAGAUGGAGUCCUCCUGCCCAACACCCGAGGUCCUCCCGCCCCACACCUGAGGUCCUCCCGCCCCACACCUGAGGUCCUCCUGCCCCAUAGAUUGGGUCCUCCUGCCCCAUGUUCCACAUCUGGGGGUCAUCCUGCCCCAUAGAUGGAGUCUUCCUGCCCCACACAUGAGAUUCUCCUGUCCCACAUCUCGGCUCCUCCUGCCCCACACAUGGUGUCCUCCUGCCCCACAUCUGGGUUACUCCUGCCUCAUAGACAGAAUCCUCCUGCCCCACAUCUGGGCUCCUCCUGCCCCAUAGUUUGGGUCCUCUUGCCCCACACAUGGAGUCUUCCUGCCCCAUGCUCCACAUCUGGGGUCCAGCUGGGCUCCUCCUGCCCCACACAUAGGGUCCUCCUGCCCCACACUAGAAGUCCUCCUGCCCCACAUAUGCGCUCCUCCUACCCCAUAGAUGGAGUCCUCCUGCCCCACACCUGAAGUUCUCCUGCCCCACACAUGGAGUCCUCCCACCCCACACAUGGAGUCCUCCCACCCCAUAGAUGGAGUCCUCCUGCCCCACACCCAAGG